AUGGAUGACUUGAAAUGUGAAAUGCACGAAUAUAUGUAUGACACCACCGUCUUUCAUUCUUCUUCUUUUUGCCAUGAGAGUCAGACUGAAACUGAGCCUGACAGCAGACGUCGAAAGGGGCGUUCGACGCACCGGGCAAGCGACCCCCCUCUAACCUCUCGUCCCUCCAUCAACGAGGCGGCUACCGAUCAUUCUGAUGACACACAUUACAUGAAUUAUUUUGAAAGCCUGUUGUUUCAAGGGUUGGACACCGAGACGAUGUUCCUCUGUGAGCCUGCAUCGUCUGUGUCUGCGGAUCUGGAUGUUUGCAGAAAGGAAACGGCAGCAAAGGGUUCUCUAGUCAACGACUCGCAUGCCUAUCAACCCUCUGAUAUCUUAAGCACAGUCUCUGGUGCCGAUUCAAGUUCUCUGCUCUCACUGGACAAUAAAACUGAUGUGGUCGAUAAGCCUGAACCGUCUUUGCAGCCAGGUUCAGACAAAAGUUUGGUCGAUAUCCACAAUCAACAGCCCGGGCGCGGUCACCACCAGAAGUCGGAAGAUGCCCUUCGAAAGGGCGCGGGUAGUGAUAGUGACAUUUCUACAUUCCCUGCCACUUUCACCUUGCAAAUACAAAUACAGUCUGAUAAUGUGAAAAUAUGUUCUUGCGUGCCCCCUUGCCUCCCGUCGCGCCCAUAUCUCGCACCCUGGUGCGCUGAAGGGUUGGACGUUCACCUCAAAGCUCGUGUAUCUCAUCUGCAGGCUUUAGAUCUGCUUGGGGACGAAACAACUAACCUCCUUCUCGAGCGAUACUUCUCUUACGUCCACCCACACUUUCCAGUGAUCAGCGAGCGCGAUAUCUAUCUAUUGUUCCACCCUACUGAAGCCACAAACAGCCAGCAACUACUUCCCAUGAGUCUCGCAAAGUUUAAUGCGAUAAUGUCGGCGGCGUGCUCGUUCAUAACAGCGGAGCAAGCUAAUGAUGCGGGCUUCGCAAAUAUAAGUUCCAUGCGCCGUGCUCUACAUUCCCGGUCCCAGGCGCUCCUCGAUGCGGGCAGCGAGUCCAAUAUACUCGAUCGGAUAGCAAUUAACCUGUUGCUCAGCUUGCGGAGAGAGUAUCCAGAAGGGAUGUUUGACACAGAAAGCUUUCUUGUUAAUGCAUACGAAGAAUUGCAAGUUGCUCGACAUUGUCCAACCUUCUUCCAUCAUCUGGAUAAAGAUCAGGCAUAUUGCAGAAUGAGAAUUUUGCAGGGUUGCUACCAGUGGAGAGCGUACUCCUGCAUAGUGGGAACCUACCGAAGUCGAGUGCCCUUGCCACCUUCCGUCAAUUUAGGUUGCAUCCAACUAUCCGAUUUGGAUAAUGAUCUCAGCUUCUCAUGGUUCCUUUCCAAGGACACCAAACGUACCCUAGCUCGAAUAUUUAUAGCAUCCAUUGACCUUUUUGUGCUGGCAUAUCCAAUCUGCAAGAUCCUUAUGAGAAGGGAUACAUUUUCGCUUCCCAGCGCAAACAGAAGCUCUGUAAUGAGCGACUUGGAGGAGUUCGAAUUCUCACUUUCCAAGUGGCACAAUCAGAACCUGGAAUUAAUGAGUCCUGAUUCUGCCGGAAAGUCUUCGGCAGGUCGAUCAUAUAUCCCUACCAUUGUCCACAGGACAUUUCUGCGCCUUGAAUAUGAGUCGGUCACCCUCAAGCCUUUCAGCUGUCUUCCAAAACUCAUUUGA